GGAAAUCAGUCAACGAUCAAUGCACAACCCGAUGCAUCGGAGCUAUCCGAACGUUAGCGCCUGCUAAACUAGCCGGAUCUUCGAAGUCGGGGCCUUCAAGAUCACGGCGCGAUCCGCAUGCGAUGAACCCGACAGAUCGGCACGGUCGAGAUCGCACGACCAUUUCGUAUUAACAACGUCAUACAUCACGGUGUGCAGACUGCAGUGACGCGCAUGACACAGUCGUUGCUCAGGAGACCUCGGCUGACAAUGAACUUGAACUCAAAAGGACUGGCUGUUUGUGCUACAAAAGAGACGCGAUUGACCUUUGUUCUCGCAAAUUAAGCCUCGAUUCUUACACGAUCAAUCCAUCGGGCUCAAGAACAACUCCUAUUGCGCGCAUCACGACAACAAAAGACACUUUUGUGAACCUCCCAACGGAAAUAUCACCAAAACUCACCUAUCCACACCACCAACCACACUCUCACAAUGUCCCCCCAAUCCAAUACCAACAAGAAACCCCUCCGCCAACUCGCCGCCGAAAAGCUCAACGGCCCCAACGCCAACCCCUCCCAACUAGGCGAUCCCAUCUCCCUCAAGUCCGAGACCAACCAAGAUUCUCCCGACAACGUUCAAUAUGACCCCGAAGGAGCCGAGGUCACUCCUUCACCUUCCAAGAAAAACAAGUCAUCGUCAUCGAAUUCGAAUUCGAAUGCGAAUCGGAGGACAAAGGCGUAUGGUGUUCCGAGGAAUGAUCCCACGGCUGCUAGCUCAGGUGGAGCGAGGACUGCUUUGGGAAAGAGAAUCCCGCUUGAAGGAGACGCGACGAGUUUGGAACGGGAGCAGGUGGUUGAUGAUGGGCGGGUGGGGAGGGGGAAGGGGGGUAGUAAGCUUUAAUAGGCUGGGAUUUGGAAGGGCGGUGAUUGCGGAGGGGGUGAUAAUGAUAUGCCAUGAUGAUUGUUAUGGGUGAUGCAAAUCAGUAGGUAUGGGUGGGUGAUUGAGCUAGGGUGGACGAGUGAACAGAGAGUGAGAGCGUUGCUGUUCAUGCGGGAGGGGAGGACAUCGCAUGCAUUGCCAAUUGAUGUAGGAGUUGAUAAGUCAAACAUCUGGGCAGAUUGAACAUCAAAUCACAACGCCCGCAUGGCUCAGUGGUAGAGCGCAUCACUAGUAAUGAUGAGGUCGUCAGUUCGAUUCUGGCUGUGGGCAAUUCGCCUUUCCUUUUCC